AUGACGGCGCCGUGGGUCGGCGCCGUGGCGGCCCCCGGCGCCGCGGCAGGCGGGGAUGGCGUCGUGCGCGGGCCGCCCGCCUCGGCUGCCAGGGCGCCCCCCGACUCGCGCAUCGUCCGGGCCGGCAACGCGCAGGUGGUGCGGGCGCGCGGCGUGCCCGUGCGGAUGCGCUCCGGGGACGUCGUGCGGGCGGGGUGCCCGCUCCUGCGCGGGCCCGCGGCCGUCGCGAGGGUGCCGGACCUCCCGCAGGGGCAGGUCUGGCGGCUGAGCAACAAGGCGCUGGAGGCUCUGCUGCGCCCUCCCGAGAAGGCCACCCGGCGGCAGGAGUCCGCGCUGCUGGACGCGGCGGAGGUGUACGUGCUCGAGAGCACGACGGCCCACGGGUGGUAUUUGACCGUCCAGGAGGCCUCGACGGCGGUAGACGCGCCGAUCGUGCUCGGAGACAGGCCUCACGUGACCCACGCGCAGUGGCGGGUGGCCCACGAGGCGUCCAGCGACACCUACAGCAUCGAGAGCCUGAGCAAGGCCGGCAGGUACGUGGGCGUCGCUGCCAAGGCCAAGGCCAAGGCCAAGGCCAAGCCGGCGGGCCGCGGGCCGGGCCACGGGCUCUCUGAGCUGGGCAAGCCGGAGGUCCGGCUGACGAGCAUCGUGCUGACGGAGGAUCCGGAGGCCCCAAGCUCGCGCUGGCGCCUGUCGGGGGGAGUGGACCACAGCUUCAGCUUCGAGAGCCUGCAUUCGCCGGGCCUGUGCCUGAGCGCCACCGACGAUCCCGGCCAGCUCAUCCUCGACCUCGCGAGGGCGGAGGAGUCGCCGCUGCAGCCGUCGCCCCUGCGGUGGCGCGCGCUCAAGGAGUCGGAGCUGCCCCGGGAGCUGCCCUUCGUGCUGGCCAACCGGGGCGCCGUUCCGCGACACCUGCCUGGCAGGGAGGGCGAGAGGGACGGCGAGUGGGUGUGGAUCCGGAAGCAGAACGACGAGAAGGCCAGGGCAGAGAGGCGGGUGGCCUCGGCGCUGACGAGGCAGUGCACCGCGGCGGGCGGCUACGUGCUGGACGGCAGCAGGAUCGAGCUGAACAGCGUAGAGGACAUGUGCUCCAGGACGCGCGUGCUGGCGCCCUCCCUGGGGAACGUGGCGCCGCCCGGGCAGAGCCCGGAGUUCCCCGAGACGGGCCUGCGCAGGAUGCCCCAGGACGUCUUCUCCAUGCAGGCCGCGGAGCUGCUGGCCAAGGAGGAGUGCCACCAGGAGGGCAGGGGCGUGGCCGUGGUCUCUGCGGCCUCCGCGUACCACUGCGGCGGAGGCUUCUUGACUGGCGGCCGUCACGCCCUGGAGGAGGCCAUCUGCAUGCAGACCACGCUGCACCCCUCCAUCGCGCAGGCCCGGCUGGAGGCCCUCGCCGCGGCCGGCGCGGAGGACGGCGAGGAGAGUCACUUCGCGUACAUCCCGCGGGACGGGGCCGUGCUGUCCCCCAGGGUGGAGCUGUUCCGAGAGGGAACUUCUCAGGGCUAUCCAUUCAUGCAGCGCCCCGUGGAGCUGGCAGCGGUCAUCAGUGUGGCGAUGUUCAACAAGAACCCCGCAGUGGGUGAUGCGCCCCUGGACGCGCCAGAGGACCUGAACCUGUACGAGCAGAUUGUCGCUGACAAGUUUCGGAGCGUGCUUGCCGCUGCCGUCAGCGCUGGAGCUUCAGCGCUGGUGAUGUGCGACGUCGGGUGCGGUGUCUACAUGAACGACCCCGCGAUCGUGGGCCGCGUCUUCGGGGAGGUCCUCUACCGGGAGUACUGGGGGCGGCUGCGGGACGUGGCGCUGUGCGGGAAGGUGGAGUUCCAGGCGACGGUGGAGAAGACCGUCCAGCGACUGGCGGAGGCGGCCGCCCUGGAGUCGUCGGACGAGGAGGAGCUCACGGGCUUCGCCAGGUCCUACGAGGAGGACCAGCUCCGCCGGCAGCGGGAGGAGCUCAGCUCCAAGAGGCGCCUCGAGCGGGCGGCGGCGGAGCGCCGGCGGGAGGAGGAGGAGAUGGAGCGGAAGCGCCAGGAGGAGCUGCAGCGCAAGCUGCAGCGGGACGCCGAGGAGCGGCAGCGGCGCGAGGAGGAAGCGCGGAGGCGGGAGGAGCAGAACCGCAAGGAGGAGGAGGCGCGCGAGAGGCGCGCGCAGGAGGCCGCGCGGAAGGAGGAGGAGAGGGCUGCCAAGGCCAGGGAGGCGGAGGAGAGGCGCCAAAGGCAGCAAGAGGAACUUGCCCCGCGGCAGCGACCGCAGGUGCUGCAGAUCGUGGUGCCGCCCGGCGUGGGCCCCGGGCAGGCGAUCCAGGUCCGGGCGCCCGACGGCCAGGUGGUGCAGGCCCAGGUGCCCCCAGGCAUGGGGCCUGGCGCCACGCUGCACAUCCAGUACACGCCCAUGGCGCCGGUGAGCCCCGGCGCGGCGGCCUCUGCGGCGCCGCGCACGCCUUCUCCGCGCCCCUCCGGACGCGGCACCCCGGUGUGGGAGUUCGGCCUGGCGAACGACCGCUGGAAGGCUUUCGAGCCCGACCACCAGCAGCAGCUCGAGCGUGCGUACACAGACUAUAUCUCGAACGAUGGUUUUGACUUCGAGACGGUGCGCAGCGGAUCUAUGCUCAUCGUCGUAAACUUCAGGGACAUGACGCAGAACGUCCAGGGCAGCGACCGCAAGCGGAAAGUGCGCCGACGGGAGUGA